UCCCUCACCGGCUUCCCUCUGAUUGGUCCACCAUUCAGCUCUUCUCUUCCUCAUCAGUGAACACUGUGGGUCUGUAAAUGCAGAGGCUGCUGUUAGUGCCUUAUCAACGCUGCCUGUACCGCAAAAUGGCAACACUUUCACAGACAAAGGAACUCUUCCGGAGAGCAGAAGCGGUCUGUUUCGAUGUGGACAGCACAGUUAUCAAAGAAGAAGGCAUAGAUGAACUCGCCAAGUUUUGUGGUGUGGGGGAUGCUGUCACAGAAAUGACUCGCAAAGCUAUGGGGGGCUCAAUGACAUUUAAAACAGCCUUGACUGAGCGUCUUUCCAUCAUCCGAUGCUCCAGAGAACAGGUGAACAAACUGAUAACAGACCACCCGCCUCAGCUGACUCCAGGCAUCAGGGAGCUUGUGGAGCGGCUGCACCAACGCAACAUAAAGGUGUUUCUCAUCUCAGGUGGUUUCCGCUGCAUUGUUGAACAUGUGGCCACUCAGCUAAACAUUCCUCAGCAUCAUGUCUACGCCAACCGGCUCAAGUUCUACUUCAAUGGAGAGUAUGCUGGUUUUGAUGAGAGCCAGCCUACAGCUGAGAGUGGUGGAAAAGGAAAGGUCAUCAGCAUGCUGAAGGAACAAUAUGGCUUCAAGACUAUAGUGAUGGUCGGCGAUGGAGCCACGGAUCUAGAGGCCUGCCCUCCUGCUAGUGCUUUCAUUGGAUUUGGUGGGAAUGUCAUCAGGCCUCAGGUGAAGGAGAGGUCUUCGUGGUACGUGACAAGCUUUGGGGAGCUGCUAAAGGAACUGGAAAAGAUUUAAAGAUCUUAGAGUACUGUUACUAAUUUUUAACACUUUUAUAUUUGCACCUAAGAGUGUGCCUCUGAUGGUUUCAUCAGGUGUACAUUUUUCCUUUGACACAACAGAUUUCUUUUUUAAUAAUGAAUGACAAUUUUACCUUCAGGGGGAGAUUUUUAUACUAAGCUACUAAAACAAUAACCAAACACUGUCUGUGUGGAGGUUAAGAAUAUUUUAGUCUUACAGCACUUUUUGCAUCAAAACCUUUAGGUAAACUAAUACAACUCCUGCAUAUUAUGUGUAAUGAUUAGCAAUGUUUUGAUUCUGCAGAAGAGCUGUAACCAGACAUGUCAAUGAGUGUAGUGACUUCAGUCCUGUAGAUAACACAAGCAUUAAACAAACAACUGUGAAAGACGUUA